CUCCUCUUUCCUCCUGUCAAGGCCAAACAUUUAGUGUAAUUUUGCUGAGCUUUGUCCAUAUGACACAAAUUCCAAAGUGGACCAAACUCCAGUGUGACAUGAGAGGGCUCGGCCCAGCCUCCGUACAGGCCUCCUGUCUGUCUCUCCUCCCCCUGUAAUCCUACCCAGAUAAAAAGAAGCUCCGGUUCAAGCCUCAGUCACAUGUUAACUCAGACUGAGCACACAUUUGUGUCAGGAUCCUCUCAGGGACAAAUUUUUCCUACAGGGAUGAUGGCUGCUUCACUGAUUGGCGGUCCCAGGGUGCAGAGGUAUACGAACAAACUGGGCGAGAAUGCUGAGGCACAGAAGACAGAAGUGAACUGAUGUAAUCUCUGGGUGUAGAAGUCAAGAACGGCGCAAUGAGGUCGCACUUGCUUUUUCCUUGCACAUUUGCGAUGGAUGUGUGACUUAUAAUGGAACUCAGACAUGUUCGAUCCGAAAGCAGGAAUUUAAGCUCGCCUUAUAGGACUUGAAGUGAAAGGAUCUGGGAUUUGUUAAUGGUAUCAGAAUGUUUAUGAAUUUCAGAAGGGUCCGAAAAUGCCAAUUCCUACAGCUGAUUUUCAUGUGCUGUGUCUUCUCCACACUCAUCCUGUGCUGGGAGAAUGUAGACCAUCACGUCGUGAGCCAUAUAAAGUCCUACUCUUACCGCUACCUGAUCAACAGCUACGACUUCAUCAACAAGUCCUUUAGCGUGAGCCGUGAAGAAGCUACAAGCUUUGGUAGCUUUCCGUACCUCAUAGACCACAAGAACCUAUGCAGGGAGAAGGAUCUGCUGCUUCUUCUCUUUGUUAAAACCUCCCCGGAAAACUCCGUGAGAAGGCAGGCAAUUCGCUCCACGUGGGGUAACCAGACUUACAUUAAGAAGGAGCUGCGGGUGAAUGUGAAGGUGGUGUUUGUUAUGGGUGUCCACCCAGAUGGGUACAAACGAGGUGUCAUCCAGAAACAGCUCCAGGCUGAGGACCUGAUCCAUAGAGACUUGGUCCAGCAAGAUUUUCUGGACACUUUCCACAACCUGACUGUGAAACUCCUACUGCAAUUCCGCUGGGCACAUGCCAACUGUGCCCACGCUCGCUUUUUAAUGUCUGCCGACGAUGACAUCUUCGUCCACAUGCCCAACCUGGUCCGGUCGCUCCGGCAACUCGGCACUCAGGGUGUUGCGGAUCUCUGGGUGGGACACGUUCACCGUGGCGCGCCUCCUGUUCGACGCAAGGACAGCAAAUACUACAUGCCUGUCCAGAUGUACCAAUGGUCCUCCUACCCGGACUACACAGCAGGGGCAGGUUAUGUAGUGUCCAGGGACGUGGCUGCCAAAAUAUACCAGGCCACUUUGUCCCUUAACGCUUCUCUCCACAUCGAUGAUGUUUUCAUGGGCAUCUGUGCAAUCACUGUAGGGGUCUCACCCCAGGAACAUGUUUACUUCUCAGGUGAGGGGAAAGCCCCCUACCACCCAUGCAUUUACGAGAAGAUGAUCACCUCUCAUGGACACGCGGACGAUAUCGGCUAUCUUUGGAAGGUCGCAACCGCCCCAGAGGUAAAUGGUGUCUCUUCGGGUUUCUUUGGGAAACUCUACUGCACUGCUGUGAAAAUCAGCCUGCUUUGUUGGCCUUCCUUUACCAUGACCUAUUCCUGCAAAGCAGCCUUUUCAUGAAGGACUAUGAGAUUUACUCUGUCCAUCAGUAUUUAAAUGUACAUUUUAAUGUUAGGCAUUUUCCAUUUUCUAAUUAAAAUACCAAACUUAUUUACUUAAGCCUUUGUUUACCUCUGUUUUUAGUUUUUCUGUAUUAGUUUACUUUAAAGCAGGCCCAAUAAAACCCUGUUCUUUAGUUGAGUAAUUUGGCAACGAAUGAAAGUGCCGUUUAACUUAAAGAUAUUACAUGGCUCCACUUGAAGGUUUUUUUUUUGUUUUGUUUUUGUUAUUGUAUGAACACUGGGGUUUUUUUUCUUUGAUUAGGACUGCUGUUUUAAAUUAAACAAACUAAACUACA